CAUCUUUACUUUUUUCUUGAAGAAAAUGGCGACUAUUUUACAAAUUGAUUUGUAAUUCUAUUUGAUUCAGUGAAAAUUGGUAUUGUAUUGUAGCCAAAACUGCAUAAAAUAUAACUAGUGCUUGUUUUGUAUAGAUAAGACAACAAAAGAAGUGAAUAAAUAAGUGCUGAAAGUUACAUAUAAAGAGGGACUUUUAUAACACGUUUUUGUGAUUAAAGACUCGAGUAAAAUUAAGUAAAGGCGACUAAGCAUUUAAUUAACAAUGUGGAGUGGAUGGACUGGUGUCGCUGCAGCGGCUCCCAUGCCUCCCAUACCGGCACCUCAAUGUCCGCCACCUCAGCCACCACCACCGUCGGCCGCCCCACCCCCACCCUCAACUGCUCCACCAGCACCUUCAGAACCAGCAACUAGCAAUACAGCAACCCCGAUUAUAGGGCCAAUGCUUCCUGCUACGGCCCCAGUAACUGCUCCCGUCGCUCCACUAGCUUCAACUGGGCCAUAUGGCCAGUAUACCGAGGCGCAAUACGCCGCAUUGACUCCAGAGCAGCAAUAUGCUUUGCAACAACACUGGCAACAGUGGCAAGCUUAUCAGCAAGAAUAUGCUAAGUGGCAUGCACAGUAUGGUGAACAGUACAAGAGAGAAAUGGCUGCAGCAGCCCAAACAGGACAAACUAUGGGGUUAAAUAACUACUAUCAGCAGGCACAGCCACAGCCACAAAUGCAAGCUCAACAGCAGCCACAAAUGUUGGCACAAGCACCUCAGCAACAUUCACAACAAAAUCAGCAUCAACCACCACCACCGCCUCCCCCUGAUGGGCAACAAGCAAGUGCAAAAUUUCCGUUAACAACUCAACAAUACAACCAACCGCCACCGCCACAGCAGGUACAGCAACAUCCCCAACAAGUGCAGUCCCAUUCUCAACAAGGCCAGUCACAUCCACAACAAGCCCAGACACUACCGCAAACUCAAACUAUUGCUGGUAAUCAAGCUCCACCUACAAUGCAUCAACCACCCCCAGGUGGUCCGUUCGUCAAUAAUAUGAAUUAUUCCCAAUGGCAAAAUCCUUAUCCUCAAUCACAACCACAGCAACAAUACAAUUAUAAUCAACCUCCUCCAAGUUUUGCACAACAGCCGUCGAAUUACGGUCAAAACCCAAAUUUCCAGCAACCACCUCCAAUAAUGAACCAACAACAACCGCAUUCUCAACCACCACCAAAUUCAAAUGCAACACAAGCUAUGCAACAAAAACCUAUGCCUCCUUAUGGUAAUUCAAAUCAACAAAACAAUAGCGACAACAGCAAUAAGAAUCAAUCUUUUCCCGAUCGUAAUUUUGAACGUAACUCUUCUGAACCUAUCGAACCGAAUCCGAAUCAAUGGGGCCCUAAUCCAAAUCUGCAAAACAAUGAAUUUAAUAAAAACCAAGGCGGAAAUAAUCAAUGGAAUUCUAGACAAAAUAACUUUGAAAACAAUUUUGAUAACCCCAGGCCAGGAAAUCAAAGCGGACCUAACAGUUGGGACUCCCGAAGAGAUGAUCGGGGUAAACUUAAUGAUUAUAAUGACAUGUCGAAUGAUGGUAAUAUGGACGAUCCUUUCGAAAGCAACCGAAAUAGCAUGGACGGCUUUGAAACAAAUCCAAGAAAUUCAAACAAUCGAUGGGGUGGUGAAAAUUCGAAUGCAGGAGCUGGUUUCAACGAAAAUCGUACCGAAAACAUCCCUCAAGGUAGACCAGGACAGCAGGGUUUAUCAAAUCAGUGGGGUAAUAAUCGGAAUCAAGGUGGUAUGAAUAACGCCUGGAAUAAUAGGCAACAAGAUGUUCAAGACAGUUUCGAUAAUGGUCGCAGAAACGCGGGAAACUUUAACAACCAGAGAAAUCAGUCUGGCCCUAAUGAUCAGAUGGGAAGAAAUCGUUGGGGUAAUAAUGAUAACCAGUGGUCGAAUAAUAAUAGAAAUAACCGAGAUAAUUUUAAUCAAGGGCCUGGAGGAAGUGGUCGGAAUUUCGAUGGGAAUACGUUCAUGUCUGGUCCAAACAACUUCAAUCAACGAUAUGGCCAAAAUGAGCGAAACUUUGGGGGAAACUUCAAUCAAAGGCCAGGGGGUAAUGGUCGAGACUAUGGGCCCAAUGAAAAUCCUAACCAAAGAUUUGGUGGUAAUGAAAGGAACAUGGGCCCAAAUAAUACUUUUAACGAUGAUGGUCCUAAAGACGAUUUCGCUGAUAUUAAAGAUUCCAAUAUGAGACCUGGAAUAAGAGACCGCAAUUUCGGUAAUAGAAAUAACAGAUGGUCGGACGGCAAUGAUUCCAAUUUCGGCGCACACAAUGAUUUAAACCCAGAAGCGGAAGGUCCUGGUAAAAAUAUAAGUCAGCGUAAUCCCUUUAAUUCGAGAUCGCGCUCAAAUGACCGUAACUUUGGUCCUGCAGGCAGUGGAGAUAACUUUGGACCAAAUACUAAUUUUAAUCAAGGAAAUCGAGACAAUUUCGGACCAAACAAUUUCAACCAAGCAAAUCGAGACAACUUCGCACCAAACAAUAAUUUCAAUCAAGCAAAUCGCGGAAACGGUCGCAACUUUCCCAUUGACCCUUUAAAUCGAAAGCCGGGUCCUAAUGAUUUCGGUCCAAACAAUUUUAAUCGAAGGUCAGUUUCGAAUGAACGAAACCUUGGUGCAAGUAAUUUAAGUCAAAGAUCACUUUCUAAUGAACCAGAUUUCGGCCCAAAUAAUUUAAAUCAAAGGUCUAACUCAAAUGAGCGCGCAAGAGAAUCGGCUCCAAAUAUCAGCGUAGGAGGCCAAGGAGAAGGUGUUGCACCCCAAAGCGCAGAUAAAUUGCGAAAUGCGCCAAAUAAAAGUAACCGCGAACCGGAAAUACAAAAUCAGCGUCAAGGUCGCGUUGAAACCGACAGCGGGAACAAACAACAACGGCCCGAUUUGGAUGAAAAGAGUUUUGAUAUGCAGUUCCAACGUUGGGAAGAACAAUUCGAACAAUGGAAGCGUGCUAACGCUAAUCAUCCUGACAGGGAAAUGUACAGACGAUAUGAACAAGAAUUUGAGAAGCAACGCCAGCGAAUAAUGGAUCGUCGUGAACAAAUGCGACAAAGAAGAUUACAGCAGCAGGGCUUAGAAACUGAGCCAAUUGGAAAGGAGCCUUGCGUUAAGAACGAUAACUUAGACCCUGAAAAUUCUACUGAAAUGGAUAUAAGCAAAACUCCUGAACAUGAAGACUCUGAAGAUUUGCAUGGUGCACCCGUUGAAGAAGAUGACGGUACAAAUCAGCCUUUCGCGGGCGAAAACACUAACAUAACUGAAGAAAGCACCGUUAACAAAGACGAAGUAGUUCAAAAAGAAAAAGAGGAUAAGGAUGAAUUGGUAAAAGAACAAACAAAAGGUGAUUGUCCAAAAACAAGCAAGGAAAGCAUCUCAAAAUUUGAGAAAAAAGCGAAUAUUGUUGGUACCUCAGGCAAGCGAAAGAGUCGUUUUAGCGCUCCUACGGAAAGUGUAAAAAUAUCAAAAUUAGACGACCCGACUGUCACUGAAGUGAUAUCCCUUGUGGAUGAAGAUGACGUCAAGGCCGGUGACGUUUCUGGUCCCAUGUGUAAUAUUUUUGGCAAAAGUGAGGGUAUUCCAGGUCUAGAUUUGGUGGGAGGUAGUGGCGCAACCGACACAAUGUAUGAAGAUAAAUCAUACAUGAUUAAGGGUAAUGAAAGUGCUGAAAAGGAAUUGGUUGAAACUUUUGAACCAAAACAGCAAGAGCCACAAAAGCCUGUUGGCAAAAUACCAUCCCUGUUUGAUGUUGUUGUACAAAAACCAGCAGAUUUCGCCAUACAAACACCCAUCAGUGGUGGCAAUGCCGAAGACGAAAUCGAAGGCGAGUGUGAAGGUGAAAAUGAUAAUGAAGAUGAACGCUCUGAUAACAGGCUAGAGGCGGACAAACCGCAAGAAGAGCAACUAAUACAUCCGAAUAUUUCCAAUGCCAUUCCUAAUUUAAAUGAUGCACUUAGAGAUCCCGUAUUCAUGCAGAAAAUUUCGAUGGCCCUGGCUAAAGCUCAGGGCAGAGAGAGUGCUGAUCCAAGUUGUGCGCCACCACCACAGUUUCUUCAACAAUUACCUAUGUUACUUCAGCAAUUACAAAAACAAAAAUCUGAAAUGGAUAAGCCAGAUGGUGGAAAUGGACCUAACAGCGGGGGUAAUGAUCCUACUUUUGGAGGUAAUGAUCCAAACUUCGGAGGCAAUGGACCUAACUUCAGAGGUAAUGGGCCAAACUUUGGAGGUAAUGGGCCCAACUUUGGAGGGAAUAACCGUAACAUGGGAGGAAAUGGUCCCAACUUUGGAGGAAAUGGUCCUAACUUUGGAGGAAAUGGUCCUAACUUUGGAGGAAACGGUCCCAACUUCAGGGGAAACGGUCCCCCUUUCGGAGGAAAUGGCCCCAAUUUUGGAGGAAAUCGUCAAAAUUACGGAGGCAAUGGUCCCAAUAAUGGACCAAACCGGCCGAAUUUCGGAGGAAACGCACCAAACUUCCGUGGCAAUGGUCCGAAUUUUGGUGGCAACGGGCCUAAUUUUGGCCCGAAUGGACCCAAUUUCAAUAGGUUUGGGCCAAAUGGUCCUAAUUUCGGAGGAGGGAACGGCCCGAAUUUCCGCGGAGAUGGUCCGAACUUUAGAGGUGGCAAUGGUCCGAAUUUCGGUGGUGGUGGUGGUAAUGGGGCAAAUUUUAGCAGAAUGGGUCCCAACGACGAUCGACGUAAUUUUGGCGGUAAUAAUAACAUGGGCGAUCGCGGAGGGCAGAAUUCAUUCCGAAGUGGUCCCGAGGAUAAUGAAAGACAAGGAGGCCCAGAUGGUGGAAACGAUGCUACAGGAACGGACAAUUCGAAUUCUUCAUGGGUUGAUGGUGGUGGUAAUAAGAAGCCUAAUUUUAAUAAAAGACAGAGGAAUCCCAAGUCUGGAAACCGCAAUUAGAGCACAUAAUCUACUACAUACCAUACCAGUUGAUGAUAGUUGUUUGCAUUAGACUUAAGUUGUCGCUAAAACAGUUGAGAUUUUUAAACUUAAAUCGACGAGUAAAAAUUAUAACAAAACAACAAAACAUAUUUACACUUACGAGUUACAGGUGUUUUCGAACUCUUAAUUGCUAGUUAAACAACUUUUGAUUUUUUACUAUAUGUAAUGUGUGUCGGUCGCUGUUGUCAAAAUACAAUGAAUUAGCUGCAAUAGUUACCGACUUUGUUCUAUGUGCCGGUGCAGGUCUGUUACUGUUUAAAAACAGUCCAACAUGUGACAUGUGACCACCGAGUAAUAUAGAGAAGUUGCUGAUGCCGCAAUUCUUAUGUAUGAUGCAACAGUUGACCAGCUCGCCGAUAACUAUUGGAUUUAUAGACAUAAUCUUCAUACAUACUACUACUAUAUGCUUACAACAACAUACCCUAUUAAAAGGUAUAGAAUAAAAGUUUGAAUUUCAUCAACACAA